CGUGGGGAAACCGACCAGGGUUUGCGUCGUCAGCCAGAAGCGGGGUGGCGGUGCGGGUUCACGAGACCGCUGUUCCCGGGUGCUGUGGCGCAGGGAAGAGCAGGGACCCAGCGCGCUUAGAGCAGCAGCACUUGAAGGGUUGCGUACGCCUUACGGGCGCGAGUUGUGGACUCCGGCCGGAGUGCUCCAGACCUAUUGGGAGCCCCGCCCUGGGCGCGCUUCCAGGGGUUUCCAUGGUGAUGGUAAACAAGUCUCAACUGCCUCAACUACAACUGCCAAGUGCCCCGGGUUCUACCCUACUCUAGGUGUUCAAAGGGGCCACCGAGCUGCCGGAUGUGAAGUAGAGCGGGAGCGUGGAGACUCGGAGCCCGAGGUUAAUAACAGAAGGAGAUGCACCUGGAGAUUCCCCAGAGCUCUCUGCGUUUUUAAGCGUCGGGUGGAUUUGGGGUCCUUUGGCUGUAAACCACGAUCGCUUGAUGUAAAUAGAAAUCGGCCCUGCUUCCUUCAGCGGACAAUUUGUACCUACCAGGAGUGUCUCCGACUGUUGGAUCUCUCCCUUGUUCUUUAAGCCACAAAAAGCACCAGCUGAGCUUGUUUGAAGUCUGCCCUGUCAAGUGUCCAUGAUGCUGGGCCCUGAGGGAGGUGAAGGCUUUGUGGUCAAGCUCCGUGGCCUGCCCUGGUCCUGCUCUGUUGAGGAUGUGCAGAAUUUCCUCUCCGGCUGCAUAAUUCAUGAUGGGGUCGCAGGCAUUCAUUUCAUCUACACUAGAGAAGGCAGGCAGAGUGGUGAGGCUUUUGUUGAACUUGAAUCAGAAGAUGAUGUGAAAAUGGCCCUUAAAAAAGACAGGGAAAGUAUGGGACACCGGUACAUUGAGGUGUUCAAGUCCCACAGAACUGAAAUGGAUUGGGUGUUGAAGCACAGUGGUCCAAACAGUGCUGACACCGCCAAUGAUGGCUUCGUGCGGCUUCGAGGACUCCCGUUUGGAUGCACCAAGGAGGAAAUUGUUCAGUUCUUCUCAGGGUUGGAAAUCGUGCCAAAUGGGAUCACACUGCCUGUGGACCCCGAGGGCAAGAUUACAGGGGAAGCCUUUGUGCAGUUUGCUUCACAGGAGUUAGCUGAGAAGGCUCUAGGGAAGCACAAGGAAAGAAUUGGGCAUAGAUACAUUGAAGUGUUCAAGAGUAGUCAGGAAGAAGUUAGGUCAUACUCAGAUCCCCCUUUGAAGUUUAUGUCUGUACAGCGGCCAGGGCCCUAUGACCGCCCAGGCACAGCCAGGAGGUAUAUUGGCAUAGUUAAGCAGGCAGGCUUGGAAAGGAUGAGGUCUGGUGCCUAUAGUGCAGGCUAUGGGGGCUAUGAGGAAUAUAGUGGCCUCAGCGAUGGCUACGGCUUUACCGCUGACCUAUUUGGAAGAGACCUUAGUUACUGUCUCUCUGGAAUGUAUGAUCACAGAUAUGGAGAUGGAGAAUUUACUGUCCAGAGUACCACUGGACAUUGUGUCCACAUGAGGGGGCUGCCAUACAAAGCCACAGAAAAUGACAUUUACAAUUUCUUCUCCCCUCUCAACCCUGUAAGAGUCCAUAUUGAGAUUGGCCCUGAUGGAAGAGUGACGGGUGAAGCUGAUGUUGAGUUUGCCACUCAUGAAGAAGCUGUGGCAGCUAUGUCCAAAGACAGGGCCAACAUGCAACAUAGAUACAUAGAACUUUUCUUGAAUUCCACAACAGGAGCUAGCAAUGGGGCAUACAGCAGCCAGAUGAUGCAAGGAAUGGGGGUGUCUGCCCAGUCUACUUACAGUGGCCUUGAGAGCCAGUCUGUGAGUGGCUGUUAUGGGGCUAGCUACAGUGGCCAGAAUAGCAUGGCUGGAUAUGACUAAUUUUGUAGUGCAUUUGAGUUAUUUUAAAUUUUCAUAGGCAGUCAAGCAGUGAAAAGCAGUUAUUACUCUAGAAAAAGCUAUGGGAUCCAUUUUGCACCAUGAGUUUGUGAAAUCUGGAUUAAAAAAUUACCUCUUCAGUGUUUCCUCAUUCAAACUUCUGGUAUGUGAUAUUGAGUAAAAUUAUUUUCAGCUUUUUUCAGUAUUUUGGUAGUGUACUUCAGGUUGAUGUUAUCUGAGUUCAGUAGUUUUAAGUACAUCAAAUGUGGAUCUUUACACAUCACAGUGAACACAUUGAAGAGAUGUGAUUUUUGGGAAACUCAAGGUGCUAGAUCCCUAAUUCAAAGAGGAGCAUUUCUCAUGUUUGUUCAUUCUAGUUUGUUUUUCAUUUAAAAUCUUUUAGGUUAAGUUUAAGCUUUUUAAAAGUUAGUUUUGAAAAUUGAGACACAUUACUAAUACUGUAGGAAUUGGUGAGGCCUUGACUUAAAACUUACUUUAUUGUGAUUUCCUUUUGGGUGUAUUUUGCUAAGUGGAAUUUGUUAAGUUUUUGUUAACUAAACUUUUUUCUUAAAUAAAGACUUUUUCACAACGA